AUGGCAAAACAGAAAGAAGAGUUCAAAUUCAAACUCCUCACGUUUAAUCUUUGGGGCCUCAAGUAUGUUUCACACUUUAGAAAAGAGCGUUUGCAUGCAGUAGCAAACAGACUUGCAUCAGGUGAUGAUGCAUUGCAAACAGACAACUACGACAUAGUGGCACUUCAGGAGGUCUGGUGUCAGGAUGAUUGGGACUAUAUCGAUCGCGUUUGUGCUCUUCGAUAUCCUUAUAGAAGGUGGUUUUCUUCUGGAAUGAUAUCCGGACCAGGUCUUGCAGUUUUGUCCAGAUUUCCAAUAGUAGAAACAUUCUUGUACCGCUAUGCGGUCAAUGGGCGUCCAUCUGCCUUUUACAGAGGUGAUUGGUACGUCGGAAAAUCUGCAUCUGUAACGAUUUUGGAGCCAACUGACACUGGACAUCGUAUUGCUCUCGUUAAUUCGCAUAUGCAUGCACCGUAUGCUUUAACAGGAGAUGCUGCCUAUGAAUGUCAUCGAACAACGCAGGCCUGGGAUCUUGCUGGGCUUACUAUAAGACUCAAAAAUCAAGGAUACGGUGUCAUAUUGGUUGGAGAUCUCAACUCCAGACCCGGAACUUUACCUCACCGGAUUCUUUCCAGUGUAGGUAAGCUCAAGGAUUCAUGGCUUAUGCUUCACGAGCCUCUUCCAUUAUCGAAAAUUGCACUUAUGUCACCGUCUGAUCAAGUAAAGCUUGCUGGAACAACUUGCGAUUCCACUAUUAACACUUGGAGGGCAUCCAGGGCUCCAACUGAAGCAUGCAGACUUGACUAUGCUUUUGUUGGAGGUGAUAUGCUUACCGCAGUGGAUGCAUCGGUCGUAUUUACCGAGCGAAUACCCGGAAUCGGCUCUUAUUCGGACCACUUCGCUUACACAGCCACGUUCAAGGUGACAGAUAAACAAAAACCGUGCGAAAGCAGAAGGAAAACGUCUCCACAUUCAUGCAAGAAAGUUACUGGAAAUGUCAGUGAUGCUACUGUUAGUGUUCUUUCCAUCGAUAACGAAACUAGGUCUCAAAGAGAUGAGACUAGCGUGCAUAAUUACCCAGCAACGCACGAAGACCCUUUAUCUGUGUGCAAGGAUGCUCGUAUUACAAUGUCCAACUAUCUGCUAACUACAUCUAAGAAGCAGCGGUUCUGGAGAUUUUUCCAUUUUGUUGUUUCGAUGGUGCUUUUCAUUGCUUUUAUACCUGUGAUAAUUGUUGUUUCCUAUCAGGCACCUUGGGCUUCUGUUAUCUUCUACAUAAUUGGCUGCUUAAUUACUGUUUCCGGUGUUAUCGAUGGACUAAUCUCCUUCCUAUUUGGAAGACAUGAGCAGCGCGCGCUAAAAGAAGAAAUCAUGCAGAUAGACGAUAGGAUCAGGUACAUCCAGAUAGAUAGAAAUGAACAUAGUGAUGAGGGAUCUCACGGAUACUAA